GCUUCAGGGAAAAUAUGGCGGACGAUGUGCAGGUUUUCGAUGGUUCCUGAUCAAGAACAACUGUUUACUGCCUGAAAACAGCGAAAAGUUAUCCUCUUGCUAUUCUUGAAUCGUGGGGGAAAAAGUUCUGUUUUUUAGCUGCUCAAAUUUUUCUUCAAACUGGCCACUGCCUUUAUUUAAAACUGAUCUAUUCUGGAAGUUCUAAUAUCAAAUCGAUAGCUUGUAUCAUAUGCCGGAACAAUGUGAAGAACACGAGAAGGCACCGCUUUGUUUGAUGAACGUUUGGAGGAAUUUGUUUGCAAUAGAAUACUGGAUAAUACCGUUUCUUUACUAAAGGAGAUAAUCAGCUGUUUGGAUCACGCAAGAGAACAAGGUGCUCUUUGCAAUUUCUGUUCUGUUGAUCCGGACAGCGACCACGUCGAUACAUGCCCUACAAAGGUUCCUCUCUGGAGGUGUUCAGUUCGUGGUUCAAGUUCACAAGAAAAUGCCGCCUUGUCCUCAUUUGAAUUCUCUCGAAGAUAUUAACGUGGAGGAGAUCAAGAGGAAAAUGACUGAUGCACAUGUAAGUUGAUUAAUUUUAUGCUUAGUCAUUUUGACAAUGGAACAUCAUCAAUUGAUUAAAACCACUUCUAUCCAUUCGCUGUAAAUUCGCUGUAUGGUGAAAAAAAAUUAACAAAAUAAUGAUAAUGCCUUGGCUAAUUCCUCUGUCAUGGAUACAUUUGUAAGUGAUUGUUUUGAUUUAAUUAUUUUGUUAGUUACAAAAGCCUACGCUAUUUGUCAGUUUUAAGGUAAUUAAAAAUAUUGUCAGUGUUUGCAGGGUUUUCUUAUAUCUGCCUACAAAGUAGACUUAAUUUGUUAUAGACAUAUGUUGCUUGCUACAGGCGAACACAGCUGGGUUUCAUAAUUUGUAGUUGUAGUACAUGUAAAGCAAGAUUUUCUUUCAAAGAUACAGAAGUGUGUGUAUAUAAAAUUGAAAAUAUAAAUAUUUUAAUGCAUUUAUGUUUGUUUGAAAGAUCAGGAAGGCACACUCAGUGUUUUUAAGGCAUUGCCAACGAUUAAUUUGUUCUUGUAAUUUGCAUUGGUCUUUUCUAAAGAUCGAGAGACAAUAGUUUAUAUGUGAGGUUUGUAGUAGCUUUACAGCAAACAUUCACAGGCACGUUGCAGCCUGGUUAAUGAUUUAUAUUGUUUAUGCCAUAUAUAUUUUUAUUGAAUGUACCAUGUUGCACAUCAAGCAAUAAUAUUAUUUUUCCAAACCAGAUAAGAAUCACCAUGCACUAAAGUAUAGACCUUGUCACAGUUUUCGACACCUUCUUGACGAGUAGGCAAACGUGUGAGAAAUUGCAGCGUUUGUACGAGAAUCUAAUGUUGAAUAAUUUCCGCAUAACGGCUUUUCUGAAAAAAAUAUGACUUGUAAACUAAAGGUACAAAGCAAAGGAUUGUCCUAAACAAUUUUGGGGGCCUACCUGUGCUUAAAUUUCUCCAGAGGCUUGCUUUAGAUUUUCCAUACAUCUGUCUGUAAUUUUCCCGGGACUUACUUACAGACAAAUGUAUAGAAAAUUUUAAAAAGUGGUUCUAGGUCUUUUAGUGCAUUUAACCCUCUUAAUUUUUUUCAGUAAAAUCCUUAGGAGCAAAGCUUUAGUUUACAAAUCAUAUUUUUUUCAGAAGAGUCGUUUUACGGAAAUUAUUCAACAUUAGAUUCUCAUACAAACACUGUAAUUUCUCACGCGUUUGCCUACUCGUCAAGAUGGCGUCGAAAACCAUGAUAAGGUCUAUUUGCCAUGGAUUGAUAAUUAUUCGUAAGUCACAAACUACACCUGUUCUCAUCGAAAACAUUUUUUUGAAGCUUAGAUAUAGUUGAAUUUAUUCUUUUUGUGCUUACCAUUCAGAAAAUCCUUACUUAUGAAUUACUUCUUUUAAUGGACAAAUUUAUUUCAUAUGUCACUUCAAACUGAAAUGAGACAGGAUACUUUGAUGUAUUUUAACUCUUUCAUUUGUAUUGCAAGUUAUGACAGGGUGAUUUGUGGCUUUAAUUUUGAAAUGCGGGGAUGUUCCAUGUUGUUACCGUUCAAAUGAAACCACUUUGGAAGAAAUGUUGUGUGGUACUAAUCUUAGAUUUUACACAAAGAAAAUUGAAUUUUCACCCUAUUUUGCCAUAUUGUUAUAUAAAAAAAAUUAUGCUCCUCUCUCAUGAGAACAGAGAUGGCAUAAUGGUGAAAGCGCUUCCCUCCUAACAUAACAUAACAUAACAUAAAACUUUAUUUAUACUCGAAUUUUAGAGUAGCUGACAAGCUAAUAUCUUCGAGCUGACACUACAUAAAAACUAUAUAGAAAAUAUAUAUAUACAUUAAAUGCAAGGAGAGAAAAUAUCAUUUACAAUUCACAAUUUUAAGUUCCUGCUAGUAAUAAGUUAAUUGCCUAUGGCAUCAGCAUCGUAUUAUAUGUCAUGUGGGUUUAGUUGUUUGUUCUUAUUCUUGCUCUGAGAUAUAUUUCUCUGGAUACUCCUGUCACCGUCUCUCCUAAAAAAUCAACACUUGCAAAUUCCAAUUCAAUCUAUGAUACUAGAAGACAUUCAAAGUUGUUGAGUUCUUAUCAGCUCAUGUUUCUUAGGUAAAUGAAUACGUUUCGUAAGCUGAAUUCCUUUUUAAUGGCUGGUAUCUAGUUUUGGUCAAGGUAACAGUGAAAUUUUGGUUUUCACUAGGCAAAUGAAUAAGAUAAAAAACUUAAAUGAAUUUAAAAACAAGGAAUCUGUUUCUCAUUCUCAAACUCAUUAAUAAUUCAUUAAGAAAACAAAGAUUUAAUGUUUAAUGCAAAUGUUUGGAAAAGAUGAAAAAGAUUUACUAUUUCUCCUUCCAAAAAUUUUGAAUAUCAAGAGAAAACAUCACCAGAUGAAUCUGUACUUCAAAAAACAUUCAACAGUAUCUGUUGUUUCAUCUGGUGAUGAAACACUGCAAUAGUUUGUUCUUUACAACAAAUGGUAUCUGUUCUACAAUCUUUGAUGGCAAUAGGUUCUUUACAACAAAUGGCUUGUCAUGGUAACCAGGCCUGUGGCCAAUUUCUUGAAGGUUUCAAUAAUUACUAGGCUCAGAAAGUACUUUAUGUUUGCCAUGUUUACUGUCAAGAUUGAGACUUAAAUAGUUUUGAAAAUGAUACAAUAAAAAUUAUCAGAUAAAAAGACAUUAAUACACUGGUUAGGGGGCUAUGGUAGAACUGACCCAUCUUUGGGCUUGUAAAGUUACUGCAACUUUCAAAAAAUGGGCCCCAGAUCUUAUUCAUAUUGGUCUUGUUACCUGGUACAUUACACUCAAACGUCUGCUAGGGGACACCCACUAAUUCAUGGUCUUAGCAACAUACAAAUCAUACAUUUUUAACUUCCUCUUUCAAGUGGACCUUUUCUCUUGUCCCAAAGGUGCUUUCUGAGGGGUCAGGAGGUUCAACUCAGCUGGCAGUGUGUAAUGAUAUUUAAACCUUACGACUGUUUUCUUACACUUGUUUGCAAAUGGAGGAAUCUCUGAAGCAGCUCACUUCAAAUCUGCAAUUUAUUAACAUCGUAUACACACCAGUCAACCAAAAAAUUAAUAAUAUUAUUGGUUUGUUUGCCAGGGGCACUGUGAUCAAUGUGAGAAGUCGGGAUCAGACCUUUGGAUUUGUUUAAAGGUGAGUGACUAACUGCUACAUACAGUGGAAUUUAUUUGAGCCUAAAAAUUCCUUCAAAAUUCCUUUCACCAUCCAAACACUGUAAACUUCUGAUUUUUCAUUUGAAUUUCCAUGUUUCUUGUAGGUUUGAAAUAUUGUGAAUCCACCUUGGUUUAGUUGAUUUUCCUCCAAUGUGUCUUGUGAGAAUUUUAUGUGCAUAAUUGGUGCUUUAAGCCUAUCACAGUAGUAGAGCUCUCAUGAGUUUCAAAGUUGCUGAGGGAAGAAAAAUAUAUUUAAUAUUAUGUUCUCUCAGGAGAAAUUUUUGUAUACCAGUAUGUCUUUUCUGUUAACAGAGGUGUCAGUAAAGAAUAUUGGCAGUUGGUAAAUUUUGUCAGUUACACCCCUAAUCAUUACCAAUCACUUCGUUGUGUUUUAAUGUAAUGCUUACUGGAAAUAUCUCAUCCCUGCCUGCAACUGUCCAUGUACUUUGGCUAGCUCAGACAUCUUCAAAAGUUAUUGAAACCCAAGUGUUCUUAUUUUUUUUUCUUUCAGAAGUGUUGCUCAUUUGUAGGGUGUGGAAGAUUUGGGAAUAAUCACAUUGAGCUUCACAGUCAGGUAUACUGUCUUAGGUUGUUCCCUUUUAGAUGUCUUUACUGCAACAAUUAAAAAAAAGACUUUUAGUGUUAUCGCUUAUUUGCAUUGGUGUUAUCAAAUUUCAAAAUAAAAAAAUGAUCAUUCUUUGUGUGGUUUUAGUUGUAUACUUCCUUUUAGAGUCAUUUUCAAUUAACAGAGAACUUUGGAAUAUCCACACAUUUGCAUCAUGUCAGAUUAAGAUUACUGAGCGUAGUUUCAAGUUUUCAAUAUAAUAUUAUGAAUGGUUCUCAUGUUGUAAUAAGUAUAAUAAUUUUAUAUGGGUUGAGCAUAGGCUAAAGGCAAAGCUUCCGUUGAUAAAUUUAUAAUUUACUUCAAACAAUAAACUUGUAACCAUUGACAGAAAUACGCUUGGAGUCGAGCCUGCCAUCAGUUGAAAAACUAGUAACUUGUCAGCUGGUAACUUCAAAAAAACACAUAACCUCUAUGUGUUGACGCCUGAGCCCAUGAAACGGUUGUGUGAUACUGGUCAGGAGAUACACUGCUUGACAGCUGUCAUUUGACCACAACAUGAAUGUGCAAUAUCAGGUUGCAGGCUCCCACACUAGCUUGAAAGUGUGAGAUUUCACAUUGGUUUCCCUGUGGUGUGGACAGAUGGACAGUCGAACUGAUUCACGGUCAUGCAACUACCAAAAUUUCUUGGAUGGAUAGAUAACCAAAUUUUCUUAGCUAUGGGGCUCUGCAAGCGCAUGCUUUGCUCUGUUAAAAUGUUAUUGACUCCUGGAUGAUGGCUAUUUGCUUUCAUAAGAAACUGAGUAAUUUGUCUGAGUAUGUCAUAUGAAAAAGAUGGGCAUUCUUAUAUCUUGGCAAGACUGUUACAAUGCAGUUUUUGCAGAAACAAUGUAUAGUCUAACAGAUUCUUGAUUAUAAGUGAUUUCAAUUUGCACUUUUGAUGGUGUGACAGUGAAUACAGGCACUGGAUGUGGUGUCUAUUCUCAGUAACACUAUAACAGUAACACAGAAACUAUAUCUUUUUGAAGAUGGAUAAAAUAUUUUAGUGAAAUCAGUCUUUUUACUAACAUAUCAUGAUAAUUCUCAGUUUGACUAUUUCUCUUGGAUAAUGCAAAAAAAAUAAUGAUAGUUUUCUACUAAAAUAACCUCAUGUAACAUACAUGUAGUAUUAUUUUGAUAAGAAAUUUCAUUUGUCAUAAUAAUUAUUUCUUUUUUUUUUUUCAGGAAUCAAAGCAUCACUUGUGCUUACGUCUUCAAGAUUUCAGCAUGUGGUGUUUUAGCUGCCAUUCUGAGGUGCAGCCAACUGAUGGAUCAUCAGGCUCAGCCAACAGUGAAACCACUAGUUCUCCAAGGCCAAAGGUACAUUUAACAUCUUCUACUUAACAGUUAGGGGGUGCACCCGAAAUUUCUGUCAUCUGAGAUAGAUGAUGGGGGAUUGAAUCACUUGAUAAAAUAAAACAUCAAUAGUCAAUUAUAGAAAAAAAAAAUUGAGAAUUUUAACAUUUAACUUUGGUCGAUGGAUUAUUAUAUGAGUGCUUUUGUCAAGCAAGACAUUAUCUUUCUGUCUGUGAUUGUUUUCAUGAUGUUAAUAUUGUUCCCUAGGCUCAUGAAGUCCUUGACAUUGAAGAUGCUCUUGAAUUAGAAAAAGGUUUAAAACCAAGAGGUGAGAUAGUAAAAUAAUAUUUUAUUCAAUCGUAUCAUGAACAUUAACCCCAUAAGCCCAACAUCUGCAUACAAAUUCUCCAAACUGACCUCUAUACAUUUCCUUACUGAAUUAGCUGGGAGGAUUUGAAAAACUAUCGAAGCAUUUUUCCUUUAGUGAUUGUAUUAGUAAUUCUCAUAACUUUUUCUUUUGAUUGAGUAUCGGUUAUAAUGUUAGGAGAAAAUUGAUGUUUGUCACUCUUGGCAUUUAAAGGGUUAAAAUAAAGGAUCCACUAGAAAUAACCUCUCAAAAUGUCAAGAAUAAAGGCUCUUGCAUUUUGUUUAAGAUCAUGAUAUAAGUAACUAUGUCAUAGUUCAGACCGGGAAAAAUAAUAAAAAAAAUGAUCACAUGCCCUGCACCUCAGGUCUUGAGCCAGUAGUUUAUGGAACUAAGAUCAUAAACAUUUUUUUUUUCCAAAAGCUGCACAUUUACGGUACACACAGAAUGAUGUUCAUCUGGCUUAAACAUUGUAGAGUCCAUUAUAGUAGCUAAUACAGGCACUGUAUUAACAAAAUAAAUUUUAUUUUAGGAUUGUGUGGCUUAGCAAACAUUGGAAAUACAUGUUACAUGAAUGCUGCCCUGCAGGCUCUGUCAAACUGGUAACUAUAUCAUCUUAGAAAACUCUACCAUGAAUUUUUUCACUUUUGGAUUGAUGGCCUGAGAGUAACGAUAACCAAAAAGAUAUGAAAAAUAAGUAUGGCAUUUUUUUUGUUACAUCUAUGAAAAAUUUUUAUUAAGGCUGAGUGUAAAAGAACACAAGCAAGUAUUGCACUGUUAUGUGCUCUGCUAAAUUAACUUAUCUCCCAAAUUAGGAGCUAUAAAGGACUUAAUUAAUAGAAUCAUGUUGUCUUGUAUUGAGCCCAAAUUCUUGUAUCGGACGUGUCAUGCCUGUCAGAUUGACAAGAUGAUGUGCUCACUGACAAGCAGACAAGCUGUCAUGGUGACAGGUUGCUGUAAAGCUAAGACCUGGGGUUUCAUUGAGGUUUUGAACAGGAGAGCAACUGGGUUUGACAUCGAGGCAAAGAAUUGGCAAGGCCCUUGUGCCCCUAGGGGAGUCAGGGGGCUGAAAUUCUAUAGGGCUGAGAUGGGUUUUCCUGCAUUCUGAAGGUACAGACAAUGUCUUUCAACCACCAAAAUUAUGAAUUGCAAGCUGGUAUUGAUUUGGUAAAGUCUUAAGACAUGGACACUUAUAAUAAUUAUUGAAAAUCUCCCUAAAUACUAUUAAUUUGAUAGUCAAACAGCUUAUUGUCAGUGUUCUAUACAGCAAGUAUUUUGCUGACGCCCUGCUGACAGCUUUACUAUUGUACUUUAAUUUCAGUCCACCCCUUACACAGUAUUUCUUGGAAUGUGGCAGUUUUGCAAAAGAAACCAAGAACACUGCUGUCUCUAGAAACUAUUUGUCUUUAAUCAAUGAAUUAUGGUCUAGGAAAAGGUGUAGUAUGAAUUUGUUGUUGUUUUUUUCACCCCUAUUCUCAAUGGAUUGACUGUGUGAUCAGGGCUGUGAUAGGGAGUUCAAGCAAUGAUGACGGCAACGUCAAUGAAGAAAACGGCAAAAAAAACAAUAGGUUAAGAUUAGCAAAACAAUGACUCUACAUGUGCGUCACAUAUUUUUGUACACUUUUUUGCCAUCGACUAAGAUGUGAAAAUGCCUAAUUUCACGUUUGUGGAGGACAUGAACGCAAGACCAUGACCUUCUUUUCCUUUUCCUGAACUUCGAUACAGUCUUAGAGUUCAACUCGAGAAAAAAUUGCCAACAUUUGAUGAACUGAACGAGAUGGAAUAAGCGCAAUAAGGUUUGAAGCAGUGAGACUUCACUGUUUAAGUGACAUUUUCAUCGUUGUCGCCAUCAUUGUUACAUAAGCUCCCUGUUAAGGGCUGAUGGGGAGUGGGGGGGUGGAGAUUUCCCCCAGCUACUAUGAAUGUGACCCAUAGCUACUUUCAUAGGCAAACAGAAUCAAAAUACAACCAAACGAAAUCCCCAACUGUUUGAUUCCCUGCCUACUCGAUGUAUUUACCUGGCAACUUAUAAUCUUAGUGGUAUGAUUCCCUGCUGCAUUGGUAAAUUUUCCAAAAUCCAAAAGGUUUUUCAUCUGAAUGAAGUCAAAUAAUUUAGCCUUCAAAAGUUGGUCUGCUCUGCCACAUACAUGUUCCAUAACCAUGCAUAUAACUCUUUUUUUUGUUGUUUCCAGACCAAAGUAUGUUGUACCUUCUCAGCUGCUGCGUAGUGUAAGACUUGUCAACCCACAGUUCAGAGGUUACGGGCAACAGGUGCGUCAGUUGAUUUUCAGAUAAUAAUUUUAUGCCCUAAUUUAUCUUUCACACUGGUUACAAGUUUACAGUGUACAAAAUGUUUCCAGGAAAUUGGGUUGGGAAGUAAAUAGAUUGAUAAUUCUUAAUGUGAUUGUUGCUGUAAAGCCCCUUUGGAGAGGAGACAGUAAGUUUUUAUGUAAUGGAGCAUUUCUCAUUUUUGGAAGUCCUUUUUUCCCAGUUCAAUGAACUCCAAAAAGAAGUUUGUGUCCCUUUGUUUUCUUCAUUGUUACCUUCGGUGUACAGUUUGAGACAUUUGUGGCCAUAUUUUGGGAAUGGGAGUGUUUUGUGCAAAAUGGUAAAGCGUGUUUCAUGCUCAAAGGCAAAAGUGUGUUGCCAGGAGCAGCCUGGUGCCUCUGGAGCACAGCCCUUGAAACAUCAUAUCCUUAUCGUAACAAACAUGAAACACGUAAAUAUCAAUAAUUGUUAACAAUAAUAAAUAUCAUUUUUCAUUUGCUUAUCACUUCAUCUCAUCACUGUGCUCAUUUAGAACAACUGUUAAACAAUUUUGAGCUGAGAAUUAAUGUUUUAUAAUUAAUUUUUUGCGUUACCAUUAAUAUUAUUUUAGGAUGCUCAGGAGUUUCUACGUUGUAUUAUGGAUCAGUUACACGAGGAGCUGAAGCAGCCUCUGCCACCUCUUGCAGAAGACUCAGCGUCAUCAGAGAGUGAUGAUGAUGAACCAAACCAUCACAAUAAGAGACUGCUAGGAGGAACAAGUUUGUCAUAUGAUGAGAAUGUACACAAAGGUAUUGUCUUUCAGUUGAACCCUUGUUAAUGGAUUUCUCCUGUUCAUGGACACCUCAUUUCAGUGAGCAUUUACUUAACCCUUUAACCCUUUAAGCCCUAAGAGUGAUCAGCAUCAAAUUUCUCCUUGUAAUAUCAAUGCUUUGUAAACCAGAGUGGUCAUGAGAAUUACGGACAUGAUCACACAAGAUGAAUUUGCUUGAUUUUUAUUAACUUCUCCCCACUACUUCUUUAGAAAAUUAAUAGUGGCAACAAAUAAGUAUUCAGACAAAUUCAAAAGGGUUAAGUACAAAGAGUGACCAACAUCAAUUUUCACUUUCUUGUCCCAAGGGUUUCUGCUUACAGGGCGCUAAGCUGUUACCCUCUAUCAGGGCUGCACUCUAGCAGAGCCCGGUGGCCUGUGGUGCCUAACUUUUGCUCUCAGAUGACUAGAAAAUCUUAGUUUUUUCAUACGAGUCAUAUGCUGGGCACCCCAGAUUUUACAGGUUCAGAGCAUAGGGCCAUUUCAAUUUUUCUUAGAGCACAGCCUUACUCUGUAUUGUCAAUACAAAUCAGUGUUCAGGGUGUUCAUUAGGCAGCAGAGAUCAGAGAAUUUCCCGUUAACUAUGCAGAAUUCUCUAGCAAAUAAUUCGAUAGCCUAUGACUAUUUUUUAUUCAGAUGUGAAGCCCCUUUCAAAUAUUAUUCUCCUGUAUUGUUUUGCCUUCCUCCUGCUACUUGAAUUCUCAGUGAAAACCCUGAGUGUUAUUAUUAUAUUUGUCACAAAACAACUGGCAUAGUCUUCUAGAAAUUUUAAUAAGAAAAAUUUUCUUAUUAUUUAUUUAAUAAAUGUUUCUCACGUGUAGGGUAAUUUAUAGUAUCGAUAUUUUAUUUUAUUUUAAUUUAACAACCUCAAUUCAACUUGAUUUUCGUUGUCUUGGUAGAUGAUGAUGUAGAGAUGUACUCUGACAGUGGAGAAGACACUGCGGAUGAUAAACCACUUCAUACAAAUAAUUAUUCAACCAAAGAACAAGCUUGCCAAGAAGAGCCUCACAAAACAAGCAAUGCCAAACAAAUGAAAACAAGUCAUGAUGCUGUUAAUCUGAGUGAUAUAACAGUGUCAGUUGAAGAUGAGCGCAUGAGUGAAGGUGAAAGUGAGCAGGUUGAUGAGGAUAUGGAUGCUGAUGACAGUGCAUUGUUGAAGGAAGAGAAGCCUGUUGAACAAGGCAAAAAGGAGAAGCUAAAGCCCACUUCCCACUCUCAGACUUGCCAAGCUGAACAACCCAGAAAGAAGCCAAGAAAACAGACAAGUAAAUAUAUUAAAAAUAUUAUUAUUUAUAUACACAUAUGUAUUAUAUGUAUUUAGAUAUAAUUCAUCCAAGAUAGCAGAUUUGAAAAUCCUCACUAGGAGGAAACAAACUGGGUAGCUAUUUAUAUUUGACAUGAUAAUUAAUCAUAAGUGAUGAUAGUCCUUUACAAAAAUGUGAUUUGCUGCGCCGUCCCUUCGCAAAAACUACUAAAUAUCAAGGUAGCUUCAGAAUAAACUGUGCUCGGACCUACAACACCCUACCGAGAAUCAUUAGGCAAGUACAACAAAGUUAAAAUCAAGCUAAAGUGUCAUUUUAAACAGUAAUGCUUGCAGUUUAUGUUGCCUUUGUAACUUAAUUAAUUUUCUAGUUUUAAUGUUUUAAUGUCUGUGGUUUUGUGUUGUGUCAGGGCUCCAGUUAAACUAGCCCUGCUAAAUUGGAUGCUCCUGGAUAAAUAUUGAUUUAAAAAAUGGCAAUAACAGUAUUACAGCAUCUAAGAUGUGGAAAUGAAUCCCUAACUUUCAAAAGUUUUGAUAUUCAAGGUAAAUGCCCGUUCUAUUUCCUAGGUGAGAAAAAGAAGGUGCCAGUGAACUACAGCAGCAUAGUAACAGAUUUAUUUGAUGGUACAAUUCAGAGCUCAGUGCAGUGUUUAACAUGCCAUAGGGUAACCAACAUUAUCUUUAACUAAUAUAACUAAAGGGGUCUUUACAUGAAAAAACUCUCACUAGUACAAAUUCCAUUCUGGAAUGACCACUUAAUUUCAUAUCUGGUUUACAUGUUUCAUCUCUAGUGCGACAUAACCAGCUUGGAUUGACAAAAAAAUACACAUCCUGUUCCAAUCCAUGGGGAGGCCAAUUUUAUACCAAAAUGAGUGGUUAUUCUCUGUUUACUAUAAUUAUUAUUAACACUGUUGGAAGAUUUAGCACCAGAGUGAAUUCUUGCCACAGUACAGGAAUUGAGGUGAACCCACACCAAUUUGACUUAUUCAGGUAUUUUUCUGGUGGUGUCAUGACUUGUAAUCACAUACAGAGCCACAAGAGGGAACUAGGGUUAACUACGUCUACUGUUGUUUUUAAAAAAGUCGAUAUUUUUCAUUUACAAAAUGAAGGUUUCUUCAAGAGCAGAAACGUUUCAGGAUGUGUCUCUGCCAAUUCCAGGUAAGAAUGAUAUUUAUUUGUAGUUAACUAAAUGUACUUUGGUCAAAUCUCUACUAUCAGCCACCUCUUUAUGACAACCAUUUGUCUCUGCUACAUAUUUUGUGUCACAGAACUUAAAACUGCUCAAAAGGUUGUUUUGUACAUUAAUUUAUUCCAAUCGAUUCCAUUCCUGUAAAUAUUUUUUUGUUGUGCUCAUUUGUGCUGCAUGCGUUUACUUUACAUUGUAAAACCAUGUAUUUUACCAGUAGGUAAUUAUGAGGUAGUAUAGUACCAGGAGGACAUGAACUCAUGGUCCAUGGUCAAUGCUAAAACAUUCUAUUUUCUGUUAAAUCUGCAUUUCAACAUAAUUCUUCAGCAUUUGAAAGUCUGAGAAACUUAAAUCCUCAUUUGAAGCAUUUCUCCCCGGGCUUCAUUAAAAUUUGCUACCAGCUACCAGUAGUUUGAUACAGGUAACCUUCUGUACCAGCAAAGAAUCUUCCUUUAAUUACUUCGAUGAAGGGAAAAAGUAGCCAACAUUUCUGACCAUAGUAGCCAGUGCUUCUGAUUGGCCAUAAAAAAUAGACUUUGAGAGUGCUAUUUUGAGGACUCUAGUGAAAAUGGGAAUACUAUAUUGUGUGGUCAUCUGAGCCGCAUGAAGGCGUCUCCAAGGCAAAGGAAGUACAUGUACCUUCAUUUCUCAGUUAUUUUAAAACCCUGAAUAGUUGUCCAGUCCUGGGAAUUGAAUCCUUGACCUCCUGCUUUAAAGUUAAGCUCUAUACCAACUGAGUAAAUUUUGUUUUACUGAAGAGUGGCUUAAUUCUGUUAAUGACUUCAUGCCGAUAUUAUUCCACUGUCAGGCAAGGAUGAGUUGACUGUCCUUCAUGCAUCUCAGUGUACUCCACUUGCAUCAUGUUCAUCUGCGAUGGACGUGGAACAAGACAAAGGCUGGAUAGCAUCUAUAUUUGAAUGGCUAAGAAGGUACUACGGGAAAAAUAUCCCGCGAGCAAGCUCUCCUAUUUGGGUGAGUGAAGCGAGUCUCAUGAGGCUCACUUCACUUGCCCAAAUAGGAGAGCUUGCUCGCAGGCUACGGGAAAAAGUCCUUAAAAUUCUUAACUAUUUGAAUGACAGGACGUGUAAACUUAUAUCACUGACUAUUAAAAUUUAUUACUUAUCAUAUCUUUACAGGUGGUUUCUGGGUCCUCAGGUUACACUUCAGGAUUGCCUCUCAGCUUUCUUCUCUGCUGAUGAACUUAAAGGUACUUCAUACAGUAUUAUGAAAAGGUAGAAAUACAGAUAUUUUAUUACCAGGAUUAUGUUGUCAUCAUAUUCCUCUCUCAGUCCCAGUGACACAUAGGGUGGAAACAAUAUUUCUCCAUUCUGGUCUGCUUUUGCCUAACUGAAUAUCAGUCCAGCUCCUCCUUGCAAAUUCAGUUGUUCCUCAUUGGCCAAGAAGAGUUUGGCUUGGCCCUUCAGGCUCCAACCCCAAAAUUGUUGAGUAUCUGGCUUGCAUUUCUGUGAAAAUUUGUGGUUUUACAAGAGUGGGUGGUUAACUUCAAACCUCAAUCCCCAACCUUGAGGGCUAGGGACUGUUCUUUUCCUGGUCUCUAUCCCUCAACCAAUCUUUUAUAUUCAAACUUGCAAGGGACCAGAGUCUAAGCCAGCAUGGCUCUUGUGGUGUCUGAGACAUGCUAGCCUCAGCACUUCAGCAAAGUGCCAGCCCAUAGUGACCAAGCUCUCUUUAUUAAAACAUUAAUUUUUUUAAAAUAACUUAUUCCCAUUUGAUUAUUAUUGUCCUUUCGUUUGGUUUGUUCUUCAGGAGAUAAUAUGUACAGUUGUGAAAAGUGCAAAAAGUAAGCAGCUGCUUUAUUUUCUUUGAUGUCUUAGUAAGAAAUCUUCCUUUCAUAUUUUGAUCUUUUUUUUUUUGCUUAAAUGUUGAAAUGUGUCAUUGUUUUUAGGUUAAGAAAUGGCGUCAAGCUUUGUAAAGUGAUGCACCUUCCUGAGGUAAGUUGACUGCAUAUUUUAUAGUUUGAUCUUAUGAAUCUAACACUAUGUUGUACCUUGGUGAAUAUCAAUGUCGGCGCACCUGAUGUUGCUGGUGUUACAGAAGUGGCGUCUUUUUGUAUGUAACACUCACCCAGAAGCACAGUCAUUUAGUUAUUACAACUCAUUUUUCAGCAAAUUUGUUUACUUUUUCUCUUGCUAGAUUUUGUGCAUCCACUUGAAGCGGUUUAAGCAUGAAAUGUACUUCUCUUCCAAAAUCAAUCACUUCAUUUCUUUUCCUCUGACUGGAUUGGACAUGAGGCCCUUCCUGGUAAAAGGUGUGAAAUAUCAUUAAACAAAUUCUGUGUAAUUUGGAGCUGCAGGAAGAAUAGGUCAAAGUAGUAUAGGACAAGUAAUCAUUAAACAAAGUAAGGGAGCGUGGGUGAGAUCAAUUUUAUUGAAGGUCAAAACACUCUUGCUGCAACGCUGUGCUUUGUGUAUUAAGUUUCAUGUGACUGAAGGUCACAUGUGCGUGAUCAGAUUGUGUUCUGUGCAUUCUAUACAAUCUUAAUGGAAGUCCAAAUAAAUGCUGGCUACAUACAUGCCACACAUGCAUAACAGCAACCUGGAGAUUAGGAUUGCCGGCUUUUCUGUUCGGCCAUAGCAGUAGAUGUAGGAUGUAUUGGUAGAUGUUGGUGUUGUAUAAGUUGACAGUGGGUUUGGGUAUGUUUUGGGUGGAACUAAAUGGCUGAGGAUGAGGGUUGUGGGUAGAAAUUUUUUUUCUUAUUCCAUGUAUGUCCAGUAUGAGUAGAGAGUAUGUUUAUUCCUAUCACAGUUGAAACAAAUAAAUCUGAUAUGUUAAAAUGCACUUUAUCGUACUGUUCAGAUUUUAACAGACAGGAGCCAAUGCAAAAAUGUACAACUUAUGAUCUUGUCGCUGUUAUUACUCAUCAUGGAAAUGUUGGAGGUAAAAUUAAUUUGUUUAUCGGUUUACGUCAACUCUGUCCAAAAUGGCCACCUUUGGGACCGGAACUUAGUGUCGGUCUUAGAGAGAUGCCCAUCAGUUAUAGAAAGUCAAAUAAAGGGAGUAAAGAAAGGCAACGGCCAGCUCUAGGUGUCCGUUUCAGUAAGGUGUCUGAUAGAGGUGUCCUUUAAGAGAGAUUCAGCUUAUGUUAAAUACGUUUAAGUAGUUGUGGAUUUUAAUAUAGAAAACAAAUUCUUUUAAGUUGGUACAAGUAUGCUUAAUAAAGGCACAAAGAGAAUCAAACUUUGAGGAUCACAGGCAAAGAAAUAUUCAUUUUCAUAAACUACAAGCAUUAGGCAUGACAUUUUUUAUCACAUUGUUUCUUGCAGCUGGUCAUUAUGUGUCUUUUGCCAAGAACUACAUCAAUGGAAAGUGGUAUGAGUUUAAUGACUCUUGGGUCAGUGAAGGUAAGCAUACAAAUACUGCAUAACCAGCUACAUGUAUUGUAUUAUUGGAGAGCUUUUGAUUCUGAGACGAGGACGACUAGGAGUACAAGAUUUUCUCAAUACUGAGUUUGCUCAUGCGUGAACUAGCGUCAUUUUGGCGGGAAAAACUGAUAGCCGUUGUCAUUCUACUAUGAGUUUUAGCGAGAAUGUCGUAGAGGCGGGAACAGGUUAUCAAAUGUAAGAAGCUUUGUCAUUUUGUCAUCGAGAGAGGGCUUAACCUCCUUCAGUAUAAAUACCUGUACUUACUUUUUUGGUUAAAAAAAGUAAAAUGAAGCUCUCAGGGGUGUCUUUUUUUUAGAACACGCGCAAAAACCUAAAGUUAAGUCUCGUACUCAUACUAGUUCUUGUCUUUAAAUCUAAAGGUCUCUACUAUGUUUCCCCGCCCUACUCUCCCACGUAUAGUAGUUGGUAAACUUGCCUACGAGUCGAGCUCAAGUAUUUUCACGAGCGUGAAGCGCGAACGGUAGAUUUUUUAUGUUUUCUGUGCCAAAAGCGAGCAAGAGAGUUAACUCCCGGAACCGGAAAUGAGAAGCGAAGGAUUUUGAGAAGGUGUAAGAAGUUGGUUUCCCUUUGGUGGUUUGAGAGAGAAAAUAAAUUUUAAACUGAUGUUUUGCUUGUGAGCAUAUGGUGGGAAGUUAAUUUGAGGAAAGAUCACAGCUGGUUCCCAUUUGAUCUCGUUACAUGUUAGUGAAAUUAUCAAACUUAGGCAUGUUUGUCUAUUUGAAUAUCGCUACUUUAGAAAUUUUUAACAUUUUAGUAAUUGCUGAUCAACGUUUUGUGUUUCCCUCCAGUGUCUGAUUCAUACGUGUCUGAUGUAGAAGCGUACGUGUUAUUCUACAGGUCAGUUUCUGGGAGUUUACAUCUAGCCAGAUUUUUUUUUAACGUUAUCGCCGAAUGGACCUUUUGGGUCGAACACUUUUUUUCGGCCAAAUACUAUCUCCAGAGUAGCCAUUAUAAAAACUACGAGUACAAAAAUUUUUUUUGUCUUCUCCUCCUUUCCUUCUCCUCGCUCUUUCUUUUUCUCCUUUCCUUUUCCUUUGUUACUAUGAUUUUAAAGCUUCUCAGGCUUAAGAAACCUGCCUUUUGGCUCCUUCUUACUCAAAUGACUGCAAAUUUCCCUAGGUUGGUUUUCAAAAAAUUUGUUAGACAUACAAUCGCAUAGAAAUCAUUAAUCCAACAAUUUCAUUCCUUAGCAUAACUAAAAACAUUUAUCAUCUAAUACGUUAGCUUGUUAAAAUUAAUUUGAAGGUGUUUGAAGGUGUUGUGUGUUUACUUUGUACUCAAAAUUGAUCUUGUGUUCAAACAAUUUCAACUUUGAAGCUGAGUACUACUACCUGGUUGGCUAUCAAAUUGCUAUAUGUUCUGCGAGAAAACAUCAAUUAUUUGUUACUUGUAAUUAUUUUAUCCCGGUUAUUUUUGUUAAAUAGAAAAUCAAGCGGUGAAGCUACCAAAGAACGUCAAAGAUUUUUCAAUUUGCUGAAAGAUUCACAGGUGAAGUCUAGAAAAUUUGUCAUGCUUCUCUUUGAUCUCCUAACCAAUCGGACCUUUACUUAGCCUGACAAAAACAGCCGAGAUUUCAUGAUUCCACCAACGUUUUCCCCGUGAAAUGACGUCUGAGAAACGAGCGCAGAAAUUCCAUACUGAUGACGUGUCGCUACCCAGACCUGGAUAGUGCUUCUGAUUGGUAGAAUUAAAUUUCCCUCGCGGCACGUCCAAUCAGAAGCACUACUUAGAUCUGUGACACGUCAUCAGUAUGUAAUUUCUGUGUUCUUCUGACGUCACGUCGCGGGGAAACCAGUGGUUGCGUCGUGAAAUGUCGCCUGUUUCCUCAAGCUGUCCUUUACUAAGACUCUCUUGUUCCAUUUUAGGCCAGUGAAUCGAGGCAUUUUGUGUCCAAGAAAUGGCUGACAAAGUUCCAGUCUUGCAUGGAGCCAGGUAAUUCUGAUCAGCUGGGCUUUUUAUAGUCGAACCGCCACUAACGGCCACUUCCCUAUAAUAGGCUGAUUUAGCUACAGAACGGGAACGUCAGUUGACGACAGCGCGCGCAAAUCAAACAACUGGCCUGACCAAUGGCAGAGCGACAAAUUGGGCACCGGAAGUCGAGUUUAGUCGUUUUCGCGCGCUUUUCCGUCGUCAAAUGACGUUCGCGUUCUGUUGCUAAAUCAGCCUAAUGACCACCUUUCUGCAACGGCUACGGUUUUUGUCGGUCAGUCCAUACAUUGGCUCUUGUUUAAACAUCUCUACAACGGUCACUUUCUUCUGUCCCAAGGUGCCCGCUGAGGAGAGGUUCAACUGUUUAAUGGGUCAAUACAUCGCCAUAUGUCAAGAAAUUGCAUGAACAUUGCAUGUUUUAAAAUGUCGAAUAGUAGUCUACAUAUUUUAAGUAACGUAAACUGUUCGGUGAAUUUGCAAUGGCCAAAAAAUUUGGCAUUUGUUCAUGCUUAACACUUUUUAUCAUGACCUCUUUCACAGGUCCAAUUACAAACACAGACUUCAUGUGUGCCCACGGGGGUAAGUAAUAAAAAACUAAUGAUUAUUUUUUUAGCUUUAGUUGUUUAGCUUUAGCGUUUUUCGAUAUUUGCCAGGUUGGUCAGUGUUGUGUUGAGUCGCUCUGUGGAGCUGUUUUAAGGGAGACAUUUUGACCCAGUUUCCCGCGCAACUUUGUAACAGCCAAUGAAAACAGCGAUAGCUUCCAAUAAACAGUCCCGUAUAUAGAGCAAUUACACUGUAAUAAUGAGACUGUGAUACAUUCUCACAGCUAUUCAUCCACAUAACAUGGAAAGAAUUCAUGACAGAACUGUUCCUCUUCCUGAAUCAGUUUGGAGACAUCUCCAGGCCAGGUGAGUACAAUAAUUGUCCAGAGAGAGGGGGUCUUUUCGUACGUCAUCAGAAUCUAUUCUGUGUUUUCACUCACGUGGCCUGCAUCUAUGUAAAUUUAUUGGAACAAAAGAAAGCGUUUACAUAGGAAAAGAGUUCAACUCCCACAGGACUGGUUUGGGACACAAAUAUGGCCGCCAUGACGUCAUCUGAAAACACAAUUUUGUGAGUUCAGUACUCAUGUGACUGAUCGUGAAGCGUACUGAAUGUGGAUGUUGCGAGAAAGGGAAGACCGCAGUCCGACUGCAACUUCAACUGAGCAUUUCUUACCAGCAUUAACCAUAGUUUGUUUAUCUACUCACUGAUGAUUUUGUGUGUAGGUUUGGAGGAGGUCCUGUGGCUACAACUUUGAGCAUGUGUGCACAUUGCAAGGUAUAAAAAACUCAAAGUUUACGUUCUUUCUUAAGCAAUCGAAUAGAAUAAUGAAUAAUGCCCUGGAGCAAGAUGCUUAAAAUACAGCGUCAAUCUAGAAUCAAACGUAACUGCUGUAGUUUGGUUUGCAAGUAUAGAGUUUUGCCAGACUGAACGUCAGACCUACGCUGUACGGCCUUCCUUGGUUUUUAUGCAGCUUGACCUUAGAUUCCAACCCUGACAUCAUCCGGCUUCCACCGACUCGAAACCUCUGCUUUUAAGACAGCCCCUGUGCCUGACGCGUCACACUUUUUGAUCAGUCAGCAGGCUUACAAGCUCUUCCCGAGACUCUAGCUACGCGUCUUCCAUUAAAACACUAAGCAAAGACUUUGCAGGCCGUCCAGAAUUUUGUCUGUCAUGUUUUGAUUCUCUUAAUACAAACUUGUUGCCGGGCUGUUCAGGGUGGCGGUGGCAAUACUCUACCAGCCGCACACAAAGUUCCUUCACCUUCUGGACCAUUCACAUUGCCCUAUUUUUCGGUAAGAUCGCCACGAUCGAGCACCUACCCUUAAGGGCGGCCAUCUUGGUUUCAAAUGCACCGAGUCUAGCCUGGGGAUGAGUAUCAAAUCUACUAAGGGGGCGGGAGACGGUUUGGGCGAUGAACGCCGGGGCCCACCCCCUCGAUACAUCUGAAAGUAAGCUGGCCGUCCGUAACGGUAAGGUCCAGGAAGUGCUUAAUCUCGAUGAUUUCAAGGAAAAAUAGAGGACUGUUAACAGUCUUUGAGGCUUGACGUUAGUCAUACAUUUGACUCCAAACCCUGGUUUUGUAGGAUGAGUAUUACAGAAAGCAGCACUUCAGACUUUUGAUAUUUUGAUUUGUUUUCUCUGCUAGAAAGCUCUUGAUGACCUUGAAAGAAGACGACAGUGGGAAAUGGAAACAUUUAAAAGGGUUCGUUUAAAUAUUUAAUACAGCCUUAAUACUUUCGUUUUUCGGUAAAAGGGCGCUCUCCCAGUCUGAAAUGUUUUUGAAAACUUUUUAAUUCCUUGAUGUAGCCUCUUGUCGAUGCGCAUGGGAAAACCGCAUAAUGUGCAAAUAUAUCUUUCAUUUUAUAAAGGUUUCUCUUAGAUUGAAAAAAAGAAAGCUUAUAACGCGGAAGAUUUCAAUGCCAUCGCGGCACCUUUCUGAGUUGAUCGAGUUUUGUCACGUGAUGUCAGUCCCUAGCCCUCGAUAGAUCUAGCAUCAUGGGCUAAUGUUGUGUAUUUCUGUUGUCUCAUCAGCUUAACCAUGACUACCCAGCCAUUGACAAUGCAGACAUGUACUGCAUCAGCAUGCGAUGGUUUAAACAGUGGGAGAUGUUUGUCAAAGGACAAGAAGAUGGUAGGCCGGCUUCACCGUCAUGUCAUCCGCCACCUUAGAAACGAGAGGGAAACUGGGCCGAGUUAGCUUUCACAAAGGCUUGUGGGACUACAAAAAUUAGUCAAUAGAUGACCGGCACGUCACUAGUAACGAUCCCAGAAGUCUUUGUGAAGAUUAACUCGGCCCAGUUUCCUCCUCGUUUUUUAAAGUGGCGAAUUACUAACUGAAAGAGAGAUUCUCCUGGGAGCAACAUUAAUUUAUAGUUCAUGUGGGUCACGACCGAUCUUAAAAUAAAGCUGGACACUCUUGCAGAAAACUGUUGUAAAGUACAGUACGCCCUGGCACAGAAGGGAACCAAAUCGAUGGGAAAGCGUCAAGAUAUUGAUAAACAACAUAUUUCGCCCGAUAACUCUUUUGUUUCAGCCUUCUUGUAAAUAAUUUUGACAGUUCUUUGGAGUAAGGACCGUGAGAAGUGAAACGUGAUGUAUCGAACAGUGACGGUUUUGACGCCUUGUGUUAGUUGACAUUUUUUCGUAGAAGCUAGAAAUCCAUCUUUUUAUAGUUAUAUUGGGCUACAGCUUGACAAAGAAGAAGAAGAAACGAAAACUUCUCUGACCAGGGUGAAUGCUAUGUUUUAUGUAUGUGAUGUGCUGGACACAUAUUUAUGAGCACAAUUAUGGUCAGAUAUUAGGAAGCUUAAGCAACGACGACGGCGAGGGGAACGAGAACGUCAACGCUUUUUUGUACAUUUCUUAGCCGUCGUUGCACGACUACAACGCAAAAGUGCCUAAUUUCAUGUUUUGUUGAGGACGGGAACACAAGACAACAACUUUCUUUUUCUUUUCCUGAACUUUGAUACAGUCCUUUAGAAUUCAACUCUAAAAAAAGUUGCCAGCAUUUGACGAUUUAAACGAGAUGGAAUAAGCGCGAUAAAGUUUGAGGCAGCGCGAAUUCACUUACGUUAAAUGACGUUUUCUUAGCCGUCGCCGUCGUUGUUGUUUAAGCUCCCCAUUGUUUUGGGAACGUCAUUGCACUCCAGUAAGGUGAUACUAGACAAACUUUAUUUAAUACACAUAUAUUACAUUAGAUCCUCCUGGGCCCAUCGACAACAGUAACAUUUUAUUUGUGAAAGGCAACACCAAAGUACUGAGAGCUAGUAAGUAUAUUGCAAAAAUUUUUCAAAUAAUUACGGAUAAAAUUAUGUGCGGAAUAAUUAGUACUAUAAACUAUUUUACAACUGGCUACAGUUCUUUAAAAAAGUACAAGUUACCUCACCGUCUCUCAUCGGAUCCUUCCCACCUUCUUCCCAACUUUCCAUUUCUUUGUUUCUUUGUUUCUUUUUCUCUUUGCUCCAUUCUUCCUCUACUCUCUAUACACUGGGGACAGGCUUGUGCAUCUCUCUACUGUUUUUGUUGGUUUUCAGACGCCUGGGUUGAGCUCUCUCCUCCGCAGAGGCUCCCGCUGGGUGUCCCAAUAAAGAUAACAAUAAUGGAAAAACAGAAAGCGCGCGGGGGGACGAUGGGAAGAGGGAAAAGGCGGGAGCCUCUCUUUUUAACUUCUCUUUUCUCUUUCCCCUUCCCAUCGUGCCCCGCGCGCUUUCUUUUUCUCCCCAGCCUCCCUACGACACAAAGAGCAGAGAGUGGGUGGACAAGAACUGGUGCGGCGUGGCCGCUAAAGCGCCAGGAACGUCACAAAAGUGGAGAGUAUAUGAGCUUAUAUGCUAAUGGUAUCCAUGUCUGUUUUAGAUUCAGACUACGGACAUUUAUCGGUAGAGACGUGGAGAUUCUUGCACGAUAUUUAUGAGGGAGGGCCAGUGUUUUUCAUCGAAGGACAAAAAGACAGUGAAGAAGAAAAGCAAGAGAAACAAGAACAAGAUGAAGAGGCCAAACAAGAAUAAUUAUGAUUAAAAAUCUUAGUAUUGAGUUAUUCAGUAGUUAAAUAGUUCAGCUAUUAUAGCUGCGAAUAACAAUGGUCAAUGUCUCACUAAAAAUUGCCCCUUCGAAAUUUGACGAAAUUCUCAACUGUGGUAGGACAUGAUGUCCUAACAAAAAAAAAAACACCUCGCACGUUUGGAGCUUAAACAGGGGCACCCAACGACAACGUUUGAAAAAUAUCUGUUCGGAAGACGAUUUGAGAUCUAGAAUUUUCGGAACAUUUGUUGUAAAAUUUCUUGCUUGCCUGCCUCUCCUAGGAUCUUCGAACAUCUAAAAAAUGGUAUAAUUGCCUAUUUUUAACCGAUUUUUACCCUAAAAAGGUGACCUAGAGUUUUAGGGAGCCUUUUUUCGAGCUGAAAUUUUCGAAAAGGUAAGUUUUGAUCCCUAUAAUUUUCGCAAAAUUCAGCUACGAAAUCCGAACAGAUGAAAAAUUUUUAGGGGAUAAAAAUAUGCCUACCUAUAUUUACCGUUUAAAUACUAAAAUACGUUCAACAAUGCUAUGUUUAAGUGGUUUUGAGCUAUAUUCUCGUUGGGUGCCCCUGCUUAAAUAAGGCUGAUUGAGUCUGACCACAUGUUUUGGAAGCUGCCUUUGAAUGCCUAACUGUCCAGCACAGAGGUGUUUUAAAGAGUACCUUUAAAAUAUUUACAUUCUAUACCCCCAAAGUUUGUUGUAUUUCAUCCUGGAUCUUAAACCAGGUAAAACAGCUGUAGAUGUCAUUAACUAUAGCAAUUCCUAAUGUUCGUGCUACAAAAUUAAGAUACAUAUUGAAUUAGAGAAAAUUUUAGAAAGUACUAUACAACCUUUUAAAAUAAGUUAUUAAUAAUCUGAUGUUUUCUCUUUUUAUAAACGAUACAAGACUCUUCAUUGUGAAGAAGAGUUUGAUAGUGAGACAUUAGUUGCAACUGUAAUUAGAGAAGG